AUGUGCCAAACUGGUCGCCGUGUUCGCAGUCGCUUCAAGCCUUAUGGGACAUCACCUCACGCUGGCAAGUUUCGUUUCGUUUGCAGCAAUAACCUAAGAUGCAAGUAUUGGGAGGUUCUGGAUGAGGAUCCAAUCAACAAAGACCCUGUCAUGUGGCAGGAGCAAGCUCUCAGACAGGCUCAGUUACGUGCUAAGACUCAGCUGGUUCAACAAGCUCAGCAGCAGAAAUCAGGAGAGGCUCCUGGUGAAAGUGGCAAGAAAUGCCCGGCAUGUGUGACUGGCUGGUUGGUGGAAAAGCUCAAGGACACCUUCCAUGGAAAACAAGCUGUCCUUGUUUGCGGAGGUGGAUGUGGCUAUCAGCUAGAGUUCACCAGCAAUUCUGCUGGUCAGCGCGAACUUGAAACCUUCACUACAACUGAUAUCACGACGCAAAAGAAAGAGAAACAACAUGAUGACAAUCCCUGCCAUUAUGGUUGGGACAGGGGCAUGGAGGAGACCUUCCAGGGUGCAGAGAUGGUGCGCCCUGGUAGUAAGCGCAAGAUUGUGGUUGAUCUAACCCAGGAGGAUGACGAACCUCCACACAAACGUGUUGAGCAUGAGAUCCUUAUUAUGGGCGAGCGGUGCUUGGUUGGGCCCGAAGCACAGGCUGACCUACAUUUACGAUCUCCGUCGUACCAGAGAGCAAUGAGAGGUAGAACAACUGAAGCAAUACUUCUCAAUAAGGAACAGAGCGGCAUGACAGAGAAGGAGGAAGACAUUGGUUGUCUGGCAAGCCUCAAAGAACAUGAAACUCUUUCCAAAGUGGGAGUUACCUCUUGCAAAGAGGAAAAGAACGCCAAUAAGGAUGGUGCAGUCCCGUCCAUGCAGCAAGCAAGCAAUCUGCAAGACAAGAAGACUGAUGACGAGUUUGGCGACUUUGAUCCCGAAGAGGAAAAGGAACUCCUAAAACUAGCUGACCAGGUUCCUGACGAGUUCAACAAUGUGGGUGAUCGAGAGCUGCUUGCCCUGGGCGAUCAAGUUUCGGACUCUCUAUCUACGGAGCGCUGCCUUUUCUAG